AGUACCCACAAUGGAGGUAGAAGCCCUACGAGAUAAGAUCACCGGCACACUCUGCCAGCUAAGUCGUGAUCAGCUCAUAGAAGUGGGUUAUAAUGUGAAAGGCUUUGCUACACCGCUAGAUGAGCCCACAAAAGACACUUCCAGACGCCACCUGAUGAAAGUUAUAGAACAUAAACUGGACGAGGUGGAAAACAGUUAUACACAAGACGAUGCUGUACAGUUUGUGAAAGAACUUUUAUCGUUUUUGGGCGAAUAUAAAGCUAAAGACAAUGCGGCCGAGAGUGAUUUUUCCCGCCCUUCAGACGGAAGAGACAAGUAUGACGAGCUGCAGGAAGAAAUUAGAGCGAUAGGGCAGAAACUCAAGAUGGCAGACGCUGCCCCGAGCCUCGGCCAGAACCUGCCGUCUUCUAAAGUACCAGAGGUGACUAUUCGCAGGGAGUUUCGCAUCUGUGGCCAAAUAGGGGAGGGAGGGCAGCGCGAUCGGCUGUCCUAUACCAACCUGCUGCAUCAGAUGGAAAAUGGACUCCGCAAAGGCCACAGUGAGUCAGAAGUUAUUGAAGCAGUGAUAAGAGCUAUCAAUCCGGGUCUCAAACUGCGUGAUAUGCUUGAAAUAAAGACUGAUUUGACACUCACACAGUUAAAGACAAUAUUGAAAGGACAUUACAGAGAAGAUGACACAUCUGAUUUGUACCAAAAACUGAUAAAUAUUUCCCAAGAUCCAAAAGAGUCAGCUCAAGACUUUUUAUUCAGAGCCAUUGAGCUUAAAGAUCGCCUCCUGUACGCAUCCAAGGACAAAGAAGCAGAACACUACAGUCGGGACCUGGUAAAAAGGAAGUUUUUGAGAUCAGUGGGUACUGGGCUACAAAAUGACAACAUAAAGUUCCAGAUUAAAGCCCUUCUUGACAACCCAGAUGUGACUGAUGAAAUGCUGAUUGAGAAACUAAAUGAAGCUGCCAGUCUCGAGACAGAAAGACUGAACAAGUUAAAGAGGAACAAUACAAAACCACCAAGGAUCAAUGAGCUACAUACUAGGGAUGAACCACGCAGCAGCUCACAGAUCCCCGCCACCAAGGAAGAUAAGAAGAAUCAUCCUCCACCCGAAAUGCACGACCUAGUGAAAGAGCUGAGGAACGAGGUUGCAGGGGUAAGGCAGAUUGUUCUUGCCUCCCUGAACGCUGGCAAGUCGCAGGCUACAAAGAGGACAUCAGAUGCUGCCGCGGACACCCGGAGGAAGAAAGGCUGCAGGACCUGCCAGAGCAACGGAGAGGGAGACAACUGCACCCACUGCUUUAAGUGUGGCCAGCCCGGCCACAUCUCCAGAGGAUGCCGAGCUCCACUUCAGCUGCAGGGAAACGCCAGAGGGCCACUGCCACGGGACCAGCAGUGACCCCACCACCACAUCAGGAGUCCCGCCGCUGCGGUUGCUGCCACCAGAGAGAGUCGGUCAGCACCCCACUCCAGAGGUGUGCAGGCUGCUCAUCUGUCAGUUACUGUUCCAAAGCCUGUCAGGGACAACACUGGCACCAUCACAAACAUCAUCAAACACAAGCAGAGGAACUGUUGGACAUGAUUCAGCCAAUACCGAGAGAGGAAAUCUGUGCAGCACAGCGGCAAGACCCCGUGAUAGGUAAAAUGUAUGAGUCUGUAGUGCAAAACAAAAGGCCCACCACACAGGAAAUUAAGACUGAGAGCACUGAGUUUAAAGCAUUGGCUAGAGAGUGGAGCAAACUAAAAAUCAGAGAGGAUGGAACUAUGUUCAGAGAGACUCGACACAAAAAAACAACUAGUUCUCCCUCAGUUUACCACCCACUAGUGCUCAAUGAACUACACAAACAGAUGGGUCACUUGGGAUCAGAAAGGACCCUAAAUUUAAUUCGGGAUCGUUUCUUUUGGCCCAAGAUGCAAAGAGACAUUGAACACUUUGUCAGUAAUGUUUGUGAGUGUCUCAAACAGAGGAAGCCAAACAGGCAGGCACGGGCACCUAUGUUAAGCAUAGAGACCACUCACCCAUUUCAGUUGGUCUCAGUUGACUUUUUGCACCUAGAGGAAUGCAAGGGGGGGUGUGAAUACAUACUUGUAGUUAUGGACCACUACACCCGCUUCGCU